UGUCCGUGAUAUUAUGGGGCAAAUGUCAGAUACUGACGUGCAGCUGUUGGAUUGUUGGAACUACAUGGAUAAUUGCAGAGCCAUACUACAAGUAAUUAGCUAGCCCAGUCAUGGAUCAUCGCCGAUCUGGGUGAUAAACGAACAUCAGAUAUGUUAUAACAAAGAGAGACCCUCACUGCAGACAUGUAUGCUAACUACUAGUAUACCAGAUAAUAAUGCAUUUUCUUCAACUGCCGUGGCUCCCAGCAGCCCUUCUGUUGUACCUCGCUCAAGCACAGAAUGCAACCGGACCACCUUAUUCCGCAUGCGGAUUUGACAGCAUUGACAUCUCCCAAGGCUCCUUCAAUGCUACGGGCUCCUUCAAAUUUUCCUUCGGCACAUCAGAAGACGUCACAUUCCCACUAUACUACAGUGUGGCUGUCGAAUCGAACGAUACACGUGGCGCGGUGUACUCCUACGCCUUUCUCAGCUGGCCAGAGUCCAUCUCUACGCCUCCCAAUGUGACUGACAGACCUUCAGCGCAGGCCUGCAUUUAUGAUUUCGGCCUGGUGAAUGCAACAAGUACGAAUCCUAUGGACAGUAACGAAAGUUGUCAGGGAGUGCUGAGCGAGGAAUGCCUGGAGGUGCUGAAUAAUUUCUCCCCUCCACCUGGCUCGUGCCAAAAUGCAUACCGUCAGAGCGAGAUUGCGACGGCAUGCGGGAUGACGCUGCCAAACCAUAUUUCCAUCGGAGAUCCGGUCAAUCUCACGGAUGGGAACGACAUAUGCACGAUUCCGAACCUGCCCGAUAUGAACAUGCCAGACGGGUAUCUGGCGACUCGAUUCCAGAGCGUUCGGCUAGAGGGCCCCGAUUUAGACACAGCUCAGAUUGUGGUGGCAUACGAUACAUUCGUGCGUCAGGCACAUGUAGCAGUAAUAAGUUUGGACGUGCCACUCAAUGGAAGCUCGACGGUCUCGGGUGGAUACACAAAGGCGUUCUGUCUAGCACCAAGCAACAUAUCAGCCGGCAGCCGGCAGCCAGAACUGCCUGCUUAUCCAUCGAAUACAUCCACAGACGAUGACUCUGCAGCUGCGCGAAGCGGUAUCACUCAAUGCGUCUACUGGAUCACGACGUUAGCACUUACGGCUGUGUCGAUUGCAGUAUGGUAGAUAGAUAUCCUUCCUGCCAUACUUCACACAGAAGUGGAACCGGUCAUUCUAAUUAGGGAUCAAGAAGAGGUACAUAUAUAUUCAGAGGUCAAGAAGCAUACCUGAAGACGUUGCUAUCAUAGCCUCCUC